AGAGAGAGAGAGAGAGAGAGAGGAAGUAAGUAAGUAAGGUUGACCUGACUGUUGGUUUACGGCACGCGAACAGUAGCGUUUAUUAUAAGUCAUACGAUAACUCUUUGCUUUGGACUGAACUGCGUAUAUUUCCAGUGAUUACACACAUUGAUAUCUGAAGUUGUGCAUCAGACUGAUCUGAGCUCGCAGUAAAUGUGUGGAUGCUUUUAAGUUGUUUGCUUGUGUUGUGAUUAAAGCAGAAUGAGUGAAGAGAAACUUGAGGUCGAGCUCUUUGUUAAGGCAGGAAGUGAUGGUCAGAGCAUUGGGAACUGUCCGUUCUCUCAGCGCCUCUUCAUGGUCCUGUGGCUUAAAGGAGUCACGUUUAAUGUCACCACCGUUGAUAUGAAGAGGAAGCCAGAUAUUCUGAAAGAUUUGGCUCCAGGCGCCCAGCCUCCAUUCCUGCUGUACGGCACUGAGGUGAAGACAGACACCAACAAGAUCGAAGAGUUCCUGGAGGAAACCCUCAGCCCUCCAAAAUAUCCACGGCUGGCAGCACGUAACCCUGAAUCAAACACGGCAGGUCUGGAUGUCUUCUCAAAGUUCUCAGCCUACAUCAAGAACUCCAACCCUCAAAUGAAUGACAAUUUGGAGAAGGGUUUGCUGAAGGCCCUGAAGAAGCUGGAUGAUUACCUGAGCUCUCCUCUCCCGGAUGAGAUCGACGAGAACAGCGCUGAUGAUGUCACUUCCUCCACUCGCCCAUUCCUGGACGGUCAGGAGCUCACGCUAGCCGACUGCAACCUGCUGCCCAAACUACACAUCGUCAAAGUGGUGUGUCAGAAGUUCAGGGGUUUCUCCAUCCCUCGCUCUCUGACGGCUCUGUGGCGAUAUCUGGAUGCAGCGUAUGCACGAGAAGAGUUCUCCUCCACCUGCCCCACUGAUGAGGAGAUACACAUAGCUUACUCAUCUGUUGUGAAGGCUCUCAAGUAGAAGAACACACACACACACAUACACA